UUGCAGGUUUGCAGUCACCGGAUAGGGCGCGGGUGGGAGAAAGUCCCUCAAUGGCUCAGCCUGUCGAUCCAUUUGCAAAGUGGCGCUUGCUGACAACACCUUCAGAGCAGUUCAAAGACUGCACACCGUCAGGGAGUGAGUUGCGCUUUUCCUUCUUCCUCAAGGAGGUGCUCCGACAUCCACUGAGCUUCGAAGAUUUUAUUGAUUUCCGUCGUAGCAACAGCUUCCUUCGAGAAAAUACCAGCAAGAAGUCUCACGGAUUUGAUGCAGCUGCCUUUCGCACCGACUUCGCAUCCCAGCUUGAGAACCAGGUCGACUGCAACAGCCCUUUGGCAACGAUCGGGGACAACAAGAAUCGUGCGACUUCCUGCAUCAGAAACAUCCCCGAUACAGCGAGGAGAUGGCAUGUCGCGCAGCUUGCAGCAUCCGGACUUGUUAUGCCGUUGUGGUAAGCCUGUGAACGAAGAUUUGUAGGCCAUGAGGCCAUGCCCACGGCCUGAGAACCGCAGUACUGUCGCAUUCGAACGAUCUUUUUUGCCUGAUUGUUCUUUGUAAUGUUGGUUAUAUAGUUGGUUGUCAUUUUGAUGGCUACAAAGCUUUGGAAGAUGAUGGAUUAUGAUGGAUUCAGUAGACCAUGAGUUUGGCCACCAUAGCUACAAAGAUGACGUUCUGGAUUCGUUGACGGGGAGCAGGCCAUGGGCGUGAGAAGAUGAUUCAGCAAACACUAGUAGCUUCUUGCUCCUAGUAGCGAUGGCCUCCAACCUACUUGCGAUGGCCUCCACCUAAUAGCGUCCUUGCUACGAGUAUGUUUCUAAUAUAAAUCAUAUCAAGAAAUUUAACACAUUAAACCUUUUUGUUCUUGCACGCACGGACCCGAAGAGAAUUCCAUGAAAUCACAUGUUCCAGGCAACAGAUUUGACCCGCACGACCUAUCGCCUUUAUGCAUGUUAGCUUCCACAGUAUUGCAGAGCGUACCUUGACCUCAUUCGUCAAAACAGAUCGCCAACACUAUUUCGGUUUUCGGGCCGAUUGGUUGCUUGUGAGCUUGAGAAGGUUCAGGACAUGGCCGCCACAGGAAGUGGAACCCUGAAGAGAACACUUUUGAUUGCUUUCGGCAACUUAGAAGCAUGCCUUUCCUUUGGUCCGAUUGUCAGGGCUAGAGUCUAGAGUCAAGAGUCGGCAAAUGUUGCAAACCCCAUCCUCGGACCUUUGACCAGCUCUUUGCGUCUCCGUCUCAGCCGGAGUGUUUACACAUGUGCAGCCAGUUACCUUGCAAGAGCUGCAAGGUCUGGAACUGUUUGGAACUGGGGUAAGAGUGACCCGAUGCGUCAGCGCCCAUGGUUCCUCUUCACCAGCUGCGCCUCAGCCGGAGCGUGUACAAAACUGUACACGUUUCAGCCGGUUCCCAAUGUGGCCUGAUGCGGUUUGGAGUGAUCCGAGGGGCCUGACCAGAUGCGUCAGGUUCCAAACUUCAGGUUCUCCUUCUGCGGAUGGGAGAGAAGCGCGGUGGCUUUAACCUGGAGUUCCCAGGCCCAGCUUGACAAGUCCCUGCCAGCCCUGAGAGCAAAAUGUGUGCAAUGGAAGAAUCACGCGUAAGUUGGUUGGAGGACAGCUUUCUUCACACGAUGAGGACCGGGUUAUUAAGUUAUUCACCGUGUUCGCUGGAUGGUGUUAUUGUUUGUAUGGCAUGUAGUUUUGGCUUGAUGUGGCAACUGAUUUGUUGAUGACAGCACUUGCUGAGGAACAUGCAGAAUACAAUAAUUAAUUGUAAUGUUUUUGGCAGGUCCAGGGUGGGACAGCAUGCCAGCAAAUGGAAUGAGCGGCAAGGAACACAUAUGAAC